UCUAUAAAUCCCUCCACCUUCUCCGACCUCCUCAUCGUCAAAAUCACAUACACAAGAAGAGCGUGGAAGAGAGGGAGGAGAGGGGAGAGAGCAAUGCCGACGGGGAGGUUGAGCGGCAACAUCACGCAGGACUGGGAGCCGGUGGUGCUGCGGCGGACGAAGCCGAAGGCGGCGGACCUUAAGUCGACGAGGGCGGUGAACCAGGCGAUGCGGACGGGGGCGCCGGUGGAGACGGUGCGGAAGGCGGCAGCGGGCACGAACAAGGCGGCGGCGGGGGCGGCGGCGCCCGCGCGGAAGCUGGACGAGUCGACGGAGCCGGCGGGGCUGGGGCGCGUGGGCGCGGAGGUGCGCGGCGCGAUCCAGAAGGCCCGGGUGGCGAAGGGGUGGAGCCAGGCGGAGCUCGCCAAGCGCAUCAACGAGCGGGCGCAGGUGGUGCAGGAGUACGAGAGCGGCAAGGCCGUCCCCGUCCAGGCCGUGCUCGCCAAGAUGGAGCGCGCGCUCGAGGUCAAGCUCCGCGGCAAGGCGGUCGGCGCGCCGGCCGCGCCCGCCGGCGCCAAGUGAAUCCUUCGUGGCCGGAAUCGCACCUCCGAUCCCUCCUAGUUAGGCGUUGAUCCGUUUGUGAAUGUGCAGUUUGUUUGUGUUCUUGGCUUAAUUUUGGGGGGAAACUAUGAUAUGCUAACUGGCUCAGACGCAUGUGAAGUGAUGAUGGCUAGAAAUUGAAUUUCCGUUGGAUUUGUGAACACAUAGUUUAGUUGAAGCGCUUUUCGAUCCGGUUGUGUUCAAUCGUCGUUGUGCUCUGCUUCUAGUUGUGACUAGCUUUGUUCUCUGCUCAUAUUUCAUUGAUUGAUCCAA